GAAUAUUAACAAAAUUACUGUUGUAUUCGGACGUGUCCAUAAGAUCAUCGCACAUUACAUUCCUAAUUACAUUAAUAGUAGUGGAUAACAGUACUACCGGCCGAUCAGCUGUUACACUCGUACACAUCACACACACUAUUAUAAUUGCUUGCCAGUUGUCUAAACAUAAAAUUGUAGAUAAUUGAUCUUUAUGGCUACUCAAUCUAUAUUUGAUAGAUUUACAAAAUAUGGUGCAAAAAUUAAAUGAAGACGAUUAUAAUAAUGUUUUGAAUACAUUUAAUUAUGUAUUUCAAAAAUUAAUUGAGGACGCUAAAGAUUGUCCUGAAGAAAGCGAGUUUUUUAUAAGUGAUUCGACGAUAACAGAAUAUAUAGAUAAAGGUGGUAUGGACAGUCUUAGUUCAUUGCAAAAUGAAAUAACCAAAGAUGUUCUAAAAUUUAUUAACAGAAAUUAUAAUGAAUUGCCAUGGUCUAGUCUAAAACUAAAAAUAUUAACAAAAUCUAUAUUGUUCAUGAGAAAUUUAAUGGAACCAACAACUAUUGAGCGUAUGAUGAAAACAUAUAAUGUUCAAGUCUCUUGGGGUGCUACUCGUACCAAUAUAGAUAAAUUUUAUGAAGAAACUAAUAACUUAUUAUGGAGAUCAAAUAAAUUCCAUCCUCACAAGAUAUACUUUAAUGCUGUUUUUAGUUUUUUGAAAAUCAUCAUGUUAAGAUUAACUUGGAAACAUUUGUUGUACCUCAAACAUCAACAAGAAAGUAAUAUUACUUUUCUUCUUGUUAAAUGGAUUUUUAUUUUAAAUAAUUUUUCAUAUACAUUACAUUUGAAAAAUGACCUUGUAAUUGAUACAGUGACUCAAAAACUAAACAAUUAUAAAGAACAUAACACAAAUACUAAUGAAUAUAUAGAAAUGUUAAUAAGAAGUAUAAAAUUAUUCUUGAAAAGUCUUUGUGAAGGGUUAGGCUGUGAUGCGACUUCAAAUCCAAUCCUCAAUGGAAAUGAAUCAAAUCCGUUCAAUAAUGACAAAUUUAAAUCACAACCAGAUCAUGACAUUAACAGUUUUUUAACCAUCAAUUAUUACAGUAUAGCGUAUGGACAUGAUUUUAUAAAUUAUAUCAGUUACAUUUUUUAUGAAGAUAGUAGGGAUACUAUUUUUGCUUUUAUUAAUUAUAUUGAAGAAAUGACUAAAUUUAAUCCAUUCGGUGGUAUUUAGAUAUCUAAAUAAGGUUAGAAAUUAUAAAGAGUAAUUUAAAAACUAUCAAGAAUUUUUUAUGCCAUAUCUAAAAAAAUAAUUUGCAAGAAUUUAUUUUUCUUUCUUAAAAUAACUAAUUAAAUUUCAUUUAUAUAAAUUUAACUAACUAUUAUGAAGAAAUAAUAAAUUUAAAA